GGUGAGCUUCUGAAUUCAGCAAACGGUCAAACUAGAGGUGACUUUCUUCCUAACUCAAGUGAGACCACCAUAUCCACAAACACCACCCACUCAUCGUCUUCUCUCAUCCGCUCUUCCUCAGCCGGUGACUCUCAGCUAGGCUCCGGCUCCCCGGGGCUGACAUCUUGUCUACCUUCUCUGCAGCUAGUUUCUACACCAGCCUCCGGCUCACAAAGUAGCUCUGGCGGUGGACAACGUCGUUGUUCUUGCUUCCGAACACAGUGCCUCAAGUUGUAUUGCGAGUGUUUCGCCAGUGGUCGAGCUUGCGGAAAUUGCCAUUGCACCGAGUGCAAGAACAACUCUGAUACCCCAGAAAAUGAGCGUGCUAGAAACCAGGCCGUCACCGAGGUGUUGCAGCGUAGACCUGAUGCUUUCAAAUCUAAAAUUGAAUCUGCCACUCCCCAACACAUUCGUGGAUGCAAGUGCAAGAGAUCCAGCUGCUUGAAGAACUACUGCGAAUGACCAGAAAUAGAGGCUUACAUCGCACCGACGGGACACGAAAUGGAGUGUAAAUCUACAAUAAGACUGGCUGCAUAUGUUGGAAAUAAAAGAAAGCGCAAGAUACGAGAAGCCAUUGAUAUCCUGACUGAAAGAAACUUAAUGAACGGAAGACUUGAAGAAGGCAAGAUUAGCGAAAACUUUGCAUACCGCCUAAGCAAACUCGGAAGAGAUCAGAGAACAGCAAUAUCAGCAAAAAGAAAACGACUUGACAAAGGGCUCAUGUUGCUUGUACUUGGCGGUGUCGUUGUUACUCCUGUCGCAACACAGAAGCAGAUAGAUCCCGCGAACGUCGCUCCAACUCAGCCUCAUCCUCUUCCGAUGCUUCCACUCUUUCUUCAAGACCUUUGGCGCCUGCAACUAUAA